AUGACGUGCUUCCCAGUGUGGUCAUUCCUGCUGCCGCUUGCAGUACGGAUUGGAAUUCCAUUUCCGGACGUGUUCCAACAAGUGAUAAAGGGACGUUGGCGCUUUGAAAGAACAAUCCAUCGAGUGACUUGUGAUUUUGCAACGGUACGAGGCAUCUGGAGACUUGUGGAAGAGUUGGAUCGAGGUGAAAAGGAGACGCAGAGCCGUGACGGACGUGAUGUGGCAAGUUUGCUAAGAGUUGUAAGUGAUAGAAUGCUACUCUGUUGCAAAAAUGUGAAAGACGACCAAAAGUCGGUGGCCUCGCACCUUGAUGACCAACUACUGGAAAUGGAAGCAUUGGGUCUUACAGAAUGUGGAGCACAAAUCGGAGCUGUGCCACAACGAGUUGUCGUUUUUACAACUGCUGGGCGCAUGCUCGUAAAAGACCUUGCAGUUGAUAUUGUUUCGAUAGUGAUCAAGCAGAUCAAUGAUCUGAAUACGUCAAGCGGUAAAGUUCAACACCCACUGCUGGCGUUUCUUGUGGGUUUCUGUGCUCAUAUCGACUUGGUGCGUCUUACAUCGAUGCUCGAGGUACUCAAAAUGCUAGUGGCAUUGUACAAGACAGCAGCUCAUAAUACUGUUAGCUCUGAACAUCAGAGGUUGCGGCAGAGCAAGCAGGUAUAUUAUAUCGUGUGUGUGGCGUUGCUUCAAAGCGGAAGUGUCGACAGCUUAUGUCAACAAGUCAGCUUCGAUGCAGCGGCAAUAAUAGAGCUCUUGAAGCAGUUUCCGAUGCAGCUUUGCAGUGAAUUAGCCUACGAGGACUUCCGAGUCGCUACCCCUGUGCAUUGA